CUGACGUAACUGCCUGACGUAACCACCUUUCCUCUGCAGGGAGCCAAUACCAACUCGCUGGCACUGUUCAAAAACACGCGCCCCACCCCCCUUGUUUCCUCCAGUCCAGGGAAAACCCAGGCGUUUACCUCAUUGGCUGGUUUCGGGAGGGCAGUGAAUCACUAGAAGCCAUAAUUACUGAGGGAAAUACCUCAUGCGCUAUCUGACUGACGCCAAUAGCUGCGAGGCUGCACCAGCGGCGGAAAACGUUAAACACACAAACGAAUCGUUGUUUCCGGACCACGCAAUAUGAUUUAGGUUGGGAAUUUCUUGAGUUUAGCUGACAUCACUGCCCGGGGCUUUCGGUUUCCAUGGAAACAUAGGUUACCGCUCAUUGGUUAGAUUUGGGAAAAGCCGCUGACACGACAUUGGCUGGACUUGCAUUGUGGGCGUGGUUAUCCGCCCCCAUCCCCCGGCUCCUGCCCUUGUAGUAGUGGGCGGGGACAUCGUGUGCACUCAGGGGGGCGGGGAUAAUGUAUGCGCCCCUGUGGGCGGGGACGGUGAAUUCACUGAAUGGGAAUGAGCGGCAGUGGGCGUGGCCCCAGCCAUGGUGGGAGUUCGGCCCAGCCGCCGCCACUGUUGCUGCACACCGAGACCCGAAUCCUGCACCAGGCAGCCGCACCGCACCUCUGCUCGCCCAUCUACCUCACUUACCUGCCGGGAUGAAGGGAGGCGUCCUGCACUGCCGCUGCUCCAAAUGUUUUGCUGCCCCUCCUAGGCGGCGGGUGAAAAGACGACCGCCACUCCUGACGCUGCUCAGCCUCCCAGAGGAUGUUCUCCUCUAUAUCCUUGAAUGUCUGCCUGCGGUAGACAUCCUCUCCAUGAGAAAUGUCCAUCCUCACCUGAGGUCUCUGGUGGAUACUCAUAGCAGUGUUUGGGCUCGCGCAUGCUUCCAAGAUGUGUGGCCGUCUCCUGACAACUUGAAUCUUUUUGAAAGGGCAGCCGAAUGUGGGAACUUCGAAGCCUGUGUGAAGCUGGGAAUUGCGUACUUGUAUAACGAGGGCUUGUCCAUGUCGGACGAUGGCCGGGCUGAGGUAAAUGGACUAAAGGCCUCACGUUUUUUUAGCCUGACUGAAAGGCUGAACUCCGGAGCUGACCCGUUUGUCUGGCUGUUUAUUCGUCCACCUUGGUCUACCUCGGGAAGCUGCUGUAAGGCGGUGGUGUUCGAUAGCCUGAAGGAGGAGUGCCAGGGGAACCGUAGGAAAAAAGGGGUAACAGGGGCUCUCCGGGGAUCCAUACAGUAUUGUUUGGCAAAAGUUUUAAACUUGUUUGAGGAUGAGGACAGGAAGAGAGAAGCUCUCAGAAUGCUGGAGGCUUCAGCCUCUCAGGGCUGCCUGCACAGCUCCUACCUCCUGUGGGAAGCCAAGCAGAAAACUGCUGUGUCUGACCCUGGGAGAUAUCUGCAGAGCCUCAGGCAGCUACGGGAUUAUGCAGUACGGGGGUGUUGGGAUGCACAGAUUUCCUUGGCAAAGUCCUGUGGACAAAAGAAUCAGCUGGGACAGGAGCUGCGGACGACCUCUGACCUUGUUUCUCAAGUCUUUCAGUCCUCUCUCCCCAUCAACAAGGCCAGCAUCUUCACCAAGCAGAAAGGCAUGAACGACACUAUGCGGUACAUCCUAAUAGACUGGCUGGUAGAAGUGGCUACAAUGAAAGAUUUCUCCAGCCUCUGUCUGCACAUGACCGUGGGGCUGGUGGAUCGGUACUUGAAGCUACGCAGCGUCCCCCGGGCACGGCUCCAACUAGUUGGCAUUGCCUGUAUGGUGAUCUGCACACGGUUUAUCAGCAAAGAGAUCCUGACCAUCAGAGAAGCUGUAUGGCUCACAGAUAACACUUACAAAUACGAGGACCUGGUACGGAUGAUGGGGGAGAUCAUCUCGGCGCUGGAGGGCAAGAUCAGGAUGCCCACUGUUAUCGACUAUAAGGAUGUACUUUCUCAUAUCGUCUCACUGGACAGGAGCACCCUGCACCUCUGCAGCUACAUCUCAGAGCUCUCCUUGCUUUAUACAGAACUUUCUGUGUAUUCUCCGGCUCAGCUGGCUGCUGGUGCCAUGCUGCUGGCAAGGAUACUGCACAAACAAGCACUUCCAUGGCCUACCCAGUUGGUAGAGUGUACGAGCUUCACCCUGGAGACCCUCACCCCCUGCGUGUUACUCCUGCACAAGAAAUGUUUCCAUGAUGAUGCGCCCAAAGACUAUCGGCAAGUGUCGCUGACUGCGGUGAAGCAGCGGUUUCAGAAUGACCUGUAUGGUCACAUCAGCAAUGAGAAGCAGGUGAUGGACUAUGGCCAGUUGUGUGCGCUGCUCGGAGUGCCCUUCCAGGAUACAGAGGGUCCUACUUCUUCCCCUAACAUCACUGACGUCCAUCCCUUCCUGUGCUCGCCUGCUGGGAACAAAACUAAAAGGCGCAGAGAGGAUAGCAUACAGGAAGAUCGCGGCAGCUUCGUGACCACUCCCAUCGCUGAGCUAUCCAAUCAGGAGGAAGCGCUACUUGGAGACUUCCUGGACUGGAGUCUCUAUUCAUCCUGUUCUGGCUACGAAGGAGAUCGUGAAAGUGAAGGUGAACGGGAAGGAGAUGUCACCGCACCCAGUGGAAUUCUGGAUAUCUCGCGCUUCUACACAGAACAUUCACAUUGUCAGGACUCUAGUGAUGAGGACACCACAACCACCUCACCACCCCCAUCAAAGCCGAACCUCACCAUUACUGUCCCUCCCUUGAAAAUUGGUGCCGAAAACAGCUCUGGCUACUCCUCUGUGAGCAGUGGAGGGAGCCCGGUCUCCUCUCCCACUGGUCUUCCCUUUACGCCAAACCCAGGACUAUCCCACAGCAGGCUGACUCCCAUUCCUUACCCUCAUCCUAGUCCAUCCCAUUUCAAGGCUGCCCGACGGCAAGUGAAGAGGAAAAACCAAGCGCAGCACAGCGAUGACAGUGUCACAGAUCCUCUAUAAAGACUGCUAAUAUUC